CUUGAAAUAAAUACUUUGUUUCAUAGAUUGUUUCUUAAUCUCAAUCAAACUCAUUGAUGAUUUUUGAAAAUUGAAUCAGCAAUUUAACAUGAAAUUAGUUUUAAUUUGUUUAUUGGGUUUGUUGCCCUUUGUUUUGGGCAAGCGAAGAGCUUUUUUAACGAGUCGAAUUGAUCCACUUUCUGAUCUAAUGGUGGAAAAGAUCAAUUCCCUCAACACAACGUGGAAGGCUGGCAAAAAUUUCCAAGGUUUAACUAUCGAUCAGAUUAAAAGAUUUUGUGGUGUUCGAAAAAAUAAACGUCCAAAUGUUGGAAUUCGAAAAGGGAAAAUUUCAAUUAUCUCUUCAAUACCAGUAGAAUUUGAUUCCCGAGAAGUUUGGCCUGAUUGUCCUUCCAUCUCAUUUAUUCGUGAUCAGGGUAGUUGUGGUUCUUGUUGGGCUUUCUCUUCAGCCGAAGCUAUUUCAGAUCGAACCUGCAUCGGUUCAAAUGGUACAAUUAAAGUUGAACUUUCCGCUGAAGAUGUUUUAUCUUGUUGUACUGAUUGUGGUUUCGGUUGUAAUGGUGGUUUUCCCGAAUCGGCCUACGAAUACUGGGUCACUCGUGGACUGGUCACUGGUGGACUUUUCAACGGUGAAGGUUGUCAACCUUAUAAAAUCGAACCCUGUGAACAUCAUGUACCCGGUCCUCGGCCUGCAUGUACAGAGGAGCCCACACCGGCCUGUGAAGUGACCUGUCAAUCCAAUUACAAUAAAACUUAUUUACAAGAUAAACACUUUGGUAUGAGACAUUAUUCAUUAGAACGAGAUAUUGUUCAAAUUCAAUCAGAUAUCAUGAGAAAUGGACCAGUUACUGCUGCUUUCGAUGUUUAUUCAGAUUUUAUUGUCUAUAAAUCAGGAGUUUACCAGAGGCACUCGAAAGACCUAAUCGGCUCUCAUGCUGUCAGAAUCCUUGGUUGGGGUGUUGAAAAUCAUGUUCCUUAUUGGCUUGUAGCAAACUCAUGGAACACUGAUUGGGGUGAUCAAGGUUACUUUAAGAUUCACCGAGGUCAAAAUGAAUGUGGAAUCGAGAAUAACAUCGUCACUGGUUUACCAAGAAAUUGAACAAUAAUUUAAAACCAACAAUUAAAAAUAUUCUAAUUUCGCAAUUAAAUGAUUACAAUUAAAAGAGAAAAGAAAAAAAACCAAAACCAAUGAAUGAAAACAUCGAAAGAGAAAACAAAAUGUUACAACUUUUUGCUUCAAAAUUUAAAUUUCACAUUAAUUGAUUUUCUUUCGUUAACAAUUAAACUAAUUAUCCCAGCUGUUAA